AAAUAGGAUUCAGUGUGUGCUGGGUGUUUCUCCAUGGGUGGUCUGUCAUGUGAAUUCUCUCAAACUCAGAGGAUUUAAUUUUUAGCUACUGUUUCUAGGAUUAUGGUCUUAAUUUGACACAAGCUCAUAUGACUGACUUCCCACCCCUUUGGUCUCUCCAUAGGGAGAAGAAGGAUGCCAGCACCAAGUACUUCAGCAUCACUUCCUUGUGAUGGCUCAGAACCAGAUCAGGAUCCAGUGGCCUUUGAGGAGGUGGCCGUGUUAUUUACUUGGGAGGAGUGGACACUGCUGGAUCCCAACCAGAGGAACAUGCACAAGGAAGUCAUGAAGGAGAACUGGCAAACGGUAUCUUCUCUUGCAGAUAACUGGAGGGAGAAAAAUGUAAGUACAAGUGAAGAUACUUUCACGCAGAAAUUAGAGUGUGCCAGACACCAGAGAACCCACACGGAGGAAGAAAGCUGUAUCCGAGAUAAGUCCUAUGAAUGUGUCGUGUGUGGAAAACAGUUUGCCAUGAAGAUAGCACUGGUGCUUCAUGAAAAGGUCCACACUGGAAAGAAGCACAUUAUGAAUGAAGUGUCUGGGAAAUGUUUAGAUCAGAUGUUAUACUUCAUGAGCCACCAGAAAAUCUACCCAAGAGGAAAGCCAUACAAAUGCCAGGAGUGUUGGAAAUCUUUUCCUUCUAAUUCCAGCCUUCUCAUCCAUCAGAGAAUCCACACGGGAGAGAAACCAUACAAAUGCCAGGAGUGUGGGAAAUGUUUUGCCUGCAGUGCACAGCUUGUGAGUCAUCAAAGAGUCCACACAGGAGAGAAACCGUACAUGUGCCAGGAGUGUGGGAAAUGUUUUGCUUGGAGUUCACACCUUGUGUAUCAUAAGAGAGUCCACUCUGAAGAGAAACCAUACAUAUGUGUAGAGUGUGGGAAAUGCUUUGUUCGGAGCUCACAGCUUGUGAAGCAUAAUAGAGUCCACACAGGCGAGAAUCUGUACAAAUGCCAAGAGUGUGGGAAAUGUUUUCCUCAGAACUCACAGCUUGUAAGUCAUCAAAGAGUCCACACCGGAGAGAAACCGUACAUGUGCCAGGAGUGUGGGAAAUGUUUUGCUUGGAGUUCACACCUUGUUUAUCAUAAGAGGGUCCACACAGGAGAAAAACCGUACAUAUGCCUGGAGUGUGGGAAAUGUUUUUUUCGGAGCUCACAACUUAUGAAGCAUAAGAGAGUCCAUACAGGAGAAAAACCAUACAAAUGCCAAGAAUGUGGGAAAUGUUUUGCUCAGAAUUCAUAUCUUAAAAUCCAUAGGAGAAUCCACACAGGAGAGAACCUUUACAAAUGUCAGGAGUGUGGAAAAUGUUGUGCUCAGAACUCAGACCUUUUGAAGCACAUGAGGGUCCACACAGGAGAGAAACCGUACCAAUGCCAGGAAUGUGGGAAAUGUUUUGCCUAUAGUUCACAGCUUGUUAUUCAUAAGAGAGUCCAUACAGGAGAGGAACCAUACAAGUGCCAGGAGUGUGGAAAAUGUUUUGCCCAGAAUUCACAGCUUGUGAAUCAUAUUAGAGUCCAUACUGGAGAGAAACCGUACCAAUGCCAGGAAUGUGGGAAAUGUUUUGCCCACAGCUCAUGGCUUGUUAUUCAUACGAGAAUCCACACAGGAGAUGAACCGUAUAAGUGCCAGGAGUGUGGAAAAUGUUUUGCUACGAAUUCACUCCUUAAAAAUCAUAUGAGAAUCCAUACAGGAGACAAUCCAUACAAAUGCCCAGAGUGUGGGAAAUGUUUUUCCCAUCGUUCAAAGCUUGUGAUGCAUUACAGAGUCCACACAGGAGAGAAACCAUUCCAGUGCCAGGAAUGUGGGAAAUGUUUUGCCCAGAAUUAUAGCCUCUCAAUUCAUAAGAAAAUCCAUACGUAUAAAUGCCAGGAAUGCGGGAAAUGCUUUGCUGAGAAUUCAUCCCUUGUGAAUCACAUGAGAGCCCAUACAGAAGAAGAACCAUACAAAUGCCAAGUGUGUGGGGAAUGUUUUGACCGGAAUUCAGCCCUUGCCACUCAUAGGAGAGUCCACAGAGGAGAGAGACCAUCCAAAUGCCAGGAGUGUGGGAAAUAUUUUUCUCAAAAUUCAUCAAGUCAUAACACAUUCCACGCUGGAAGGAAAUCUCUCAAAUGUGAGGAAUGUGUGGCAUCAGAGAAGCGACGCAGGAGAGAAACCUUCCAGAUCUCUGAAAUAUGGAAAAUGUUUUCUUGAUGGUUUGGAUUCAACUUAUUGUCAACCACAAGAGUGUUACCAUAGGAGAGGACGUAUGCAAAUGACAGGAGUGUGGAAAAAUAUUUUCUUUACCUUUGAGAGACGGCAGGGCUUCCAGUCAGAAAAUAAGAGAUAAAAUGUUCUGGCAGCUCUUGGCCUGAACAAAAUGGGGCUGGGAGAAGGGCAAUAUGGCAUUUUAUUAUUAUUACUAUUAAAAUUUUAUACCUGAAGAGCUGGAAGGGAUCCUAUGGCUCAUCAAGUCCAGCCCCUAUCAAGGAGGCACAGUGGGGAAUCGAACUCCCAACCUCUGGCUCCGCAGCCAAAUGCCUAAGACACUAGAUCUGUAACAACUAAUUUUGGCAUCAAGACCUUCAUGUGGCAUUUGGCCAUCUUGGGAAGAACAUUGGGAAGAACUGGGAGGAAGGCCUGGUUCUGAGCAUAUGAUGACUAUAAGGGUUCUGCACUGAGUCUUCUAUUUACUUUUUUCUUCUUCCUGAGGAGAAGAGGCUGGACAGGACAUCUGUGCUCGAGUGGCAGAGUCACACCCUUCCAGCAGCAAAUACCAAUGGGCAGGUUGAGAGCCUUUAAACAGCAUCCUGGAUCAGAGUUCCAGUCAUCCCAGCCUAGCUACAUGGCACCUUCCAAAUUCUGACCAUGAGCCAUGAUGGGGAAUAGGAAAAGUGUGAUUCUGUUGGCCUUGUACAAUGUUAUUUUUAUAGACAAAAACCCUGGGGGAGUGCGUAAAGGUAAAGGUUCCCCUUGACAAUUU